AUGCCCUCAGGGGAAGUAAUGGUCCUCCAGGAGGUCGAGGAGGCAUGCAGCGGGGUGGCUGGAAUCAGGAUCAGGGGUCGGUACAAUGCUGGUCGUGUGGUGAGUACGGGCAUAUCUCAACGGGCUGCCCUCAUAAGAGACGACAACAGGGGCGUGGUGGCUAUGGCCCACCCCCAUUUCACCCACAAGGACCACCACCUCCAGGUCCGCCACAACACCCACAACACCCUAACCAGAACCUGGCACCGGGUGGACAAUACCCCCAACAAUGAAGGGGCCAAAGAGAUCAACUGGUCCCCAUAUCACUCUGGGUAUUGCUCCAUCUCACACCGCUACUUGGGUCCUAUGACCAAACGCGCCGUCUCUCUGACAGAUUGGCAGUCUACUUUCCACCCUAAAUUGGCUUUCUCUCCCUCGUCUGGCAUGUACCGCAUUUCUUUGUCAGAGCAACCUGUCCCUGCCAUCUUGCACCAUGAACUUUUACAAAGACACCAUGGUCGUGAAUAUACAGAUUCGGAAGGGGCAGGCCCAUUACUUGACUCAAUGCCUUCAUCCUUACGGGCAACUUCACCAACGGAUGUUGGUUUCUGUUCUACCGUUGCUCCCAUUACAUUUGACAUAUCUGAAGGCUAUGUCCAUGUCCCUCAGUAUUACACCGAUCCUGUAGGCCGGAAGGGAAUCAAAGAAACCAUCGCUGGUUUGUUACAGGCAGGUGUUCUAGAAGUAACCUCUGACCCAACCUGGAACACUCCUAUUCUGCCAGUCGAAAAGAAGGGGACCGGCAAAUAUCGUAUGGUACAUGACCUUAGGUUGAUUAACUCAAAAGUUCUCACCCCCAUUGCACCGGUUCCUAACCCUCAUGCUGCAUUGGCAAUGCUCUCGCCCGAACACUCUUUCUUUACAGUUGUUGAUCUGGCAAACGCAUUUUUCUGCAUACCUUUGUCUCAGGCUAUGCGAUCUUUGUUUACUUUCACGUUCGAAGGAACCUGGUACACAUAUACCAGGUUACCACAAGGCUUUGUUCUCUCUCCGGGUAUCUUUAACUCUGUCUUAAGAGACUUGUUGCAAACUCUGAACCUUCCUGUGGGCACUCUCUUGGUCCAGUAUGUAGAUGACCUGCUCUUGGGGGCUCCCACGGAGCGAGCCUGUCUUGAGGCUACUGGCUCUUUACUGAAACACUUGCAUUCCUGCGGCUUCAAACUUUCACGUUCCAAACUACAGAUUUGCAGACCAGUUGUUACCUUUCUGGGCAGAGUACUAUCCACCAAUGGUACUGGACUUAGUUCUUCUCACAGAUCCACAAUUCUCCAUCACACCAAACCAGUUACAGUCAGAGACAUGUUGAGUUUUCUUGGAUUAGCUAACUAUUCCAGGCAUUACAUUCCAGAUUUUUGCGAUCAUUGUGCUCCAUUACGACAGAUGAUUAACGCACAGGGAGCGCGGAAUCUGACCGCGACUUUAGAAUGGACCUUAUCGGCUGAUACGGCUUUCAUUUCUCUCAAACAACUGCUGGCGGCAGCAGCAGACAUGUGUGUCCCCGAUUAUCGCAAGCCGUUUCACUUGGAUGUUUCUGAAAAAUCGCAGUCUGUCUCCGCCGUGCUUUUUCAGAAAAAAGGGGGAGGUACUGACCGAUUUGUAAAUAUGUACUGUUCAGUGACAUUGGACCCUUAUGAGGCCAAAAGCCCACCAUGUGCCAGAUAUGCCUCGGCACUAGCUAAAAUUUUGCAAAAAACCUCUCAUUUGACCAUGGGGCACCCUGUACAUAUCCUCACGUCACAUAGUGUGGUACAGUAUGUAACUGGUAAAUUGUUCACGAUGACAGCCAGUAGGCAAAGAAAGUUGGAAAGGGUUCUGACUGCACAAAAUUUGAUUUUCAAACAUGAAGGUGCAAACAUGGCAGAUGGUAUUGUAGAAGGUGAACCACAUGAAUGUGCACAGAGAGAUAAAGAAGCACAGACAGUUAGGUCACACUUAUACAUGGAACCAUUGACAAACCCAGACCUUGUACUGUUCACUGACGGAUGUUGUUUCAGACAGGGUGACGGACUGAAAUCCUCCUACGCGGUCAUACGACAGACAGACGGACAACAUACAACAGUAAAGACAGAAAUGAUCGACGGCAGACAAUCUGCCCAAAGAGCAGAAAUGAUCGCCAUGACAGAAGCACUUUUAUGUGCAACGGACUUGACUGUAAAUAUCUAUACUGACUCUGCUUACGUAGUUACAGCAGUUCACUACGGACUAGCAGAAUGGCAAAGGACUGGAUACGUGACUGCCUCGGGAACUCCAGUAAAAAACGCUGAUGAUGUAUUAAAAUUACAUCAGGCUUUGCACUGUCCUUUUAAAGUGGCAGUGAUCAAAUGCAAAGGGCAUGCAAUUGGAAAUGACCCGGUUGCAAGAGGCAACCGGGCAGCAGAUGAAGUUGCAAAGAAAAUGGCUGGUUAUGUGCCAAUGGACACUCAAAUGGCAGUAUUAAGUGAUAAUCAGGACAAUACUCCCAUCCCAGCCAAAUUGGACACCCAAACAAUGCUGAAAAUUCAAGCAGCAGCAAGCCCUGAGGAAAAAUCUAUGUGGAAACACAAGGGUGCUAUACAAACUGAAGAUGGCAUCUGGGGAAAAGGGGGACGCCCCAUACCUCCAGCUGCCAUGCUCAAGAGUUUGAUUGAAGAAGCACAUGGCCCCACACAUGUGGGAAAACAGGAAACCAUCAGACGAUUAAAAGCAUGGUGGCAUCCAUUUAUUCAGGAAAUGGUGGAAGACUAUGUGCAACAUUGUGAAGUGUGUAAUACAUGCACGGUGAGACCAACCCUGAAACCUGAAAAAGGGUGUAAUACAAGCCAAGUUUUCUCUCCAGGACAGGAAGUGACCAUCGACUACACAGACAUGCUGGUACCUGUGAAUGGGUACAGAUACCUGUUGGUUAUGGUUGACGCUUACUCGGGAUGGCCAGAAGCAUACGCCUGUAGAAAGGAGGAUGCUGUAAAUGUGUGUAAACAUUUGGUGAAUCAUUUCAUUCCAACAUAUGGUUUUCCCAAAUCCAUCAAGAGUGACAAUGGCACUCAUUUCAAAAACAAGGAUUUGGCGAAAGUUGAAAAAAUGUUGGGGCUCCAACAUAAGUUUGGUUCAGUUUACCACCCUCAGUCACAGGGUAAGGUGGAAAGAAUGAAUCGGACCGUAAAAGAUAAAUUGAACAAAAUCAUUGCAACAAAACAGACAAAUUGGCUGACGGCCCUCCCGAUGGCAUUGAUGUGUGUAAGAAUGUCUCUUAACCCUCGAGUUGGAUACUCGCCUUUUGAGCUCCAUACAGGUCGCUCUUUUCCCGGACCCAUGGGACCUUUGACACCAACAGAAGAUUUGGGUAAGAAACCGCACAUCUCAUAUAUGCCAAACGUUCAGUUCUUGGGUUCCAGAUUCUCCAGGCAGACCGCCAGAGACCCAGGGCAAGGACAACCGAUACACGUCACCCCUCGAGUGUACCUGAAGGUGCUGAAGAGAAAGUGGACUGAGCCACGGUGGACGGGACCGUUCACAGUGACUGAGAGGACCUCACAUGCCGUCCGGCUGGCCGGAAAGGGGGACACCUGGUACCAUCUUUCCCAGUGCUCUCCAGACAAAGGUUCUUCACCCCCUCCUGAGGCGCCCGAUAGGGAGGCACCGAACGCAGGGUCAGAAUAAUACCCUCGGUGUCUAAUAGCCGGGUAGAACACCCAAGGCUAUCCAGAAACGCACAACUGAUGAAGAACGAAACAUCGCUGUAAUUCACAUUGUAUUGACACCAUCUGUGUAUUCUCUUAUCUGUUCCUUUAAGGCCGCCCUUGGCCAGGGGGCUGUAUGGUGUAUUUUCCCUGCAUAAAAUAAUCAGGCCGCAGGUUUUCGCCCAUACGAAUUGCAAAGCAAGCUUGGCAGAGACUAAAACUCAUUCUGUACUGCAGUUGUUAUUAAAUAUUUGUGCAUUAAUCCUCUCCGUAUUCACACGCUUUAAGCUAUGAGCCACCUAUACUCUCCGAUGUGUGGCAUCCAACCACCAGUCAGCACUUAGUGACAGGACAAAGAUGUCAACUUCCACCACUGCCAUUGUUAUUCUUUGUUGGCUGUUUGUCAUUGUUACUUUUCUGUGGGGACUAAUCCACCUUUUCCUGACAGGGACCACGCGUUUAGGUUAGGGCGCCAUUUAAAAUUUAUUUUAAAAUUUAUUUUAUACUAUUGACAAAUAUUACGUGUACAUUGGUAUUGAAGUGUUCAAUUUUAGGUUAGGUUAGGAGCAGUUGAAGCGCAAUGGAACGCCACCCCUGGCACCCGUUUCGCCGUUAUGACUGGUCACUGCGCGGAUCCAUGUGUUGCUUGAUGUUACUAUCUUGUAUCAUAGUGUUUCCUCUUCUUUGGUGCCUGACCCCGACCUUAUCACCCUCUCUCGUGACGGCUGUAGAUGACUUUAAAAGGCAAAAACGAGAGGUGGUAAACCAACCUCCUGACUGCUUAGUAAAAGGUAUUAGAUCUAUGACCCUCUGUAUUCCAACAGGUACCCACUCAACCGCUGACCUGACCUGGUCUUCCGUAGGAUUAGCCAGAAAUGGGGCUUCUAUCGCCGCUUAUAGAUUUGCUAAGUUUCCAUGGUACUUAACACAGGGAGGAUGGGAUGACUGGCAGUGGAAGAAUCUAGUGGAAGAGACUGGGGAUGACUGGGGUGGUUGGACCUCAGGUGAGGGACCGAAGGCAUGGAGGAAUCUUCUGACACUCAUGAAAACGUCGACAGGACUUCGCCUUAUCAUAAAACCCAUUACCGAAUCAAAGUGCCGGGACUUUGUACUGGCACCGCAUGGGGACUCCUCAGUUGCCCAACCAUAUUGGCAAUUGCGCAUAUGUACUCGAAAUUUUACUAAACCUGCGACCACAACUAUUGUAAACGAUGUAAACUCCCCUAAAACUAGCAAAGGAUCUGGGGAAACCGGACCUGCACUGAUUGUGUCUAAACCAUUGGAAACGUCUGAUGAUUGGUUUCGGGCCACCACGGGCGUUGCUGCUACCGGCAAUAACUGGCUACUUUUGGCUGAACAGGCGGCCAACGCGUCUAGGACCAGCUGCGUGGUCUGCAUGGGAUCAAGACCCCUGCUUCGCGUAGUUCCCGCCGCGUUACCAGCCAGUUGUAUCAUGGACGUUAUGAACCGCACCAAUCCCGGUAACACCAACUGUUCGUUUUGGGAUUACGUUCAUCCCCUUACAUCGGGCGAAAAAUUAAAACCAAUAUUCUCCACAACUGUGGCGGUGGCGAACUUCUCCUGUGUCCAGUUGACUGGUACCGGGCAAUACAUUGGCCGGGUGAACUCAGCACUAUGCGCGUCGAACACUUCAGCUGAGACCACUUUCCACCCCAGGUCUCGUAGUGACAUCUGGUGGUGGUGCGGGACUGACAAACUAUAUGACCUAAUGCCACGAAACGCAUUCGGUAGAUGUGCGCUGAUUACCCUGUUGUUGCCUGUCACGAUAUAUCCCACUUCUGCGGAAGCCCUGUUAAAUCAAUUAUCUAGUCUGAUGCCCGAGCAUUGGGGGCGGGUGAAGCGCGACAAUUCCGAUUCCCGCCAAUGGCUAUCACAAUCUGACCCCACAUACAUUGAUGCCAUAGGAGUUCCCCGAGGCGUACCCGACGAAUACAAACUCGCUGACCAAGUUGCCGCUGGGUUUGAAUCAAUCCUCUGCUGGUGGUGCACGACUAACAAAAAUGUGGAUCGGAUUAAUUACGUCCAUUAUAAUGUGCAGCGGCUCGGCAAUUGGACCCAAGAAGGAUUUGCCGCGGUACACGAACAAUUGAAGGCCACAUCCCUAAUGGCGUUCCAGAAUAGGAUUGCUGUAGACAUGCUCCUGGCUGAAAAAGGGGGUGUGUGCGCUAUAUUUGGCGACCAAUGUUGUACGUUUAUCCCUAACAAUACGGAUUCCAACGGCCGUCUCACUCAGGCACUAGACGGGUUGCGCACGUUGAACAAGAAAAUGAAGGAACAUUCGGGAGUGGACACUUCCAUGUGGGAUCAGUGGAUGGACGCGUUCGGCCGCUAUAAGGCUUUGGUAUCUUCUGUUUUGAUCUCAGUUUCCAUUUUUGUGGCUGUUCUGGUCUGUUGCGGUUGUUGUUGUAUUCCUUGCGCCCGGUCCCUUUGCAAUCGUCUCAUUACUCAGGCCGUCGAGAAACGUGACCCACCUGCUUACCAGAUGUUAUCUUAUGCCCCUCUUCCCUCCUUUGACCCUUCCCCUGACCCCACCCUUACAGUUUAAUGUAUGUUGGUUGUGCCAUUUUAGAUCUUUGCUGCUGUUUCUGUCUUUCUGGAAUUUUGUUGUUUUCUCUUGUUUUUGUUGAUUUCUUGUAUUUUGUGUUUUGCUCAUUCCUUCCACCAUGUAUGUUGGCCUCCUUCAGAGGCCAAAAGGGGGAAUUGAAGACAGUAUUUUUCCUCUGACAUGACUUACAUAUUAAUUGAAGACAGUAUCUUUCCUCUGACAUGACUUACAUAUUUUGUUUACUAGAUGUACCAGUCUCAUAUCUUGUUUUCACUCCCUUAAACGGCUUUAGCUGCACUACACUGGUGCCACAAGAUUUGCAUAACACCACAUGACUAACUGCCACAUCAGCCCUAACAGACAAACGACUCCUUAUAAGGACAUGACUCACACGACUCAGACGACCCCCUAGCACAGCUAUAAGAUACACGGAAUUCCGCACCCGACUCAGACUCCAGCUGCGACUCUCGGGUUACACUUUGUGCUUUGUGCCACUUGUAACUCAAGAAUAAACAAGCACUGCUUUGCUCAAACUCAA